GUCUCAUCCGUGGGCAAAAAGUCGUGGAUACUGGGGCACCAAUUAGGAUUCCUGUUGGUCCAGAAUGUUUAGGACGUAUUAUUAAUGUCAUCGGUGAACCUAUCGAUGAACGAGGCCCAAUUAAAACUAAAAAGUUGUCUCCAAUUCAUGCCGAUGCACCAGAAUUCGUUGAUCAAUCUACAACACCAGAAGUUCUUGAAACUGGUAUUAAAGUUGUAGACUUAUUAGCUCCUUACGCAAAAGGUGGUAAAAUUGGUCUAUUUGGAGGUGCUGGCGUUGGAAAGACUGUAUUGAUUCAAGAACUUAUCAACAACAUUGCCAAAGCUCAUGGUGGUUAUUCGGUAUUUUGUGGAGUAGGAGAACGUACUCGUGAAGGAAAUGAUUUGUAUCACGAAAUGAUUCAAACAGGUGUAAUUCAACUUGAUGGUAAAUCAAAGGCUGCUCUUGUAUUCGGUCAAAUGAACGAACCACCGGGUGCACGUGCUCGUGUCGCUUUAACUGGUCUUACCAUUGCCGAAUAUUUCCGUGAUGAUGAAGGACAAGAUGUAUUGCUUUUUAUUGAUAAUAUUUUCCGUUUCACUCAAGCUGGUUCCGAAGUAUCUGCUUUGUUAGGUCGUAUUCCUUCCGCUGUGGGUUAUCAACCUACCUUAAGUACUGAUAUGGGUAGUAUGCAGGAAAGAAUUACAACAACAAAAAAAGGAUCCAUCACCUCCGUACAAGCUGUAUACGUACCGGCAGACGAUUUGACUGAUCCGGCUCCAGCCACAACUUUCAGUCAUUUGGACGCAACGACCGUAUUAUCACGUGGUAUUGCCGAACUCGGUAUUUAUCCGGCUGUGGAUCCUCUUGAUUCGAAAUCUCGUUUAUUGGACCCUCGUGUAGUUGGAGAAGAACAUUAUAGGGUCGCUACCGAUGUUCAAAAGAUUCUUCAAGAUUAUAAAUCUUUGCAGGAUAUUAUUGCCAUUUUGGGUAUGGAUGAACUGUCAGAAGAAGAUAAACAAACUGUUGAACGUGCAAGAAAAAUUCAAAGAUUCUUG